CUCCUUUUAAAUAAAUAAAAUUAAUUAGAAAAAUUAUUAAACAAAGAAAAAAACGAAUUAAAAAUAAAUCAAGAUUUCAUGAUUUCAUAUAAACAGUAAAUGAGAUGGCAUUGACAAAACGUAUAAAAUGUUUCAAAUAUUUAGUUUAUUGUUAUGUGGUCCUGCUAACGGUGACAGGAUGUGCUCAAAUUUUUAUUGGCACCUCAUUGCUAUGGGGGCAUUCAGGUUAUUAUGGCAUUGUCCAGAAUAAAUUAUGGGCACCCGCCGCCAUAUUAUUAUGCUUGGGACCCAUUACAUUCAUAUUAUGUUGGAUGGGCUGUCAGGCUACUAAUCAGCGUAAACGCUGUCUCCUAGGCAUGUUUACAACUCUCUUGGUGACCUGCAUAUGUGUACAAUUUAUGUUGUGUGGUUGGUCGCUGGCCAUGCGUGAAAAUUUGCCCUCAUCUGUUGAGAUAUUCAUAGAUGAUUCCUUUGUGGAAUUUUUGGAUAAAUUUUCAAGGACCAAGGUUGAUAACCUACAUUUAUGGAAUCGCAUGCAAUCCCAGUUGCAAUGUUGUGGUGUAGAUGGACCAUUGGAUUAUCGCCGUUUGUCACUGCCCUGGUCUUGUUGUUCUCGGCCUGAACAUGCCUAUGAAUCGGCUUGCGACACUCAUUACAAACGUGGCUGCCUGGCUGUUGUCUCCGAACAAAUCAAGCAUCGCUUGCUUAUUACUGCAUUUAGUGCUGCUAUUAUAGCCAUUUUCCAGAGUUUGGGUCUAUUUUGUGCAGUCCACUUAACUAUUUUGUUCGGCAAAAGUGACAACGGUUAUGAUAACAAUAAACUGAGUAAGAAACGUCAACAACAAUUUCUGCCAUUGUCUAUACAGGAUAAACGCCAGGAUAUGCCGUCUCCGUUAAGUUUAUCACCUACAGCCCCCGGGCAUCGAGUCAUUAAAACUAGUGCCCAGGGCGGUCAAAAAUGACAAGCGAUUAGCUUUUAAGUAAGAAAAUAAGAAUAAACCCAAAAAACAGCAAAACCAACAACAACAACAGCAAAACCAACAAACAAAC